CUGCGUCUGACGUUAAGGAUUUUCAUUGGCUACCUAAUCGACUGCGGUUCUGCUCAUUGGUCCAAACAGCGCAAACACAAAUCACAUGAUGCGGAAGUGGUUACUAAAUAUGUGAUGUGUCAAAAUUUGCAACAAAAAGAUACUUUAGAAAUUGUAGCGAGUUGUUAGAAUAUUUUAGAACACAUAGUAGUGGUAGUUUUUAAUGAACAGGUUUGUUUGAUCUCACGUUAAAAAAUGAUAAGUCACCGCUCCCCCAGCUGCCGUGGUAUGAGUCAGAUAUGAAGUUGAUAUGUGGCAGCUGGCUGUGCUAGCUAGUAGCUAAUGUCCAGGAGCCUGAAAGUCAACAAUGACUUCAGAGAAGCAUUGACAUCGGUAGGUGGAGAGAACUGACAGACCCAACCCAUCCGCUUGCCAACAAGCAAGUGUGGCCUUUGUUUACCUGCCUCUCAGGUAAGUUUUGAGCCAGGGCGGGGCCGAACACAAGGUAGGAGGGAUGCCUGUGGAGGGUGGAAGCAGCAGCGGCUCAACUUCAGCAACACGUCACCCCAAGCAGAAGCGAAAGGCACACAGUUUGUCAAUCCGACGCACUAACAGCACGGAGGACCGGCUACCAGGCAUCCUAAGAGGAGACAUGCUGGAGGGACAGGACUCCAAGCUGCCCCACUCGCUGCGGAACAAUCUCCUCGAGCUGUUUGGGCAGAUCGAGCGAGAGUUUGAGAACCUUUACAUCGAAAACCUUGAAUUGCGGCGGGAAAUCGAGUCUCUGAAUGAUCGUCUGACUGGAGAUGGACAGGCGGUGGAUGGGGGGGACCCCACCAAGGGAGCCCUAAAAGCUAAAGCCAGCCACAGCACCAGUCAGCUGUCACAGAAGCUGAAGACGACCUACAAAGCUUCCACCAGCAAGCGCUUGUAUUCAUUCCAGGACAAAAUAGGUGGAGCUCGCAACUUCAAUAUGGCCCCAUGGGAGCUGUGGGCUGGAGAUUCAUGGAUCGUGUCCAGUUUCAAAGCCACCACAGGAUCCCGGGCUUUGUGCCAGCUGCUCAAGGAGUACGUCGGGCAUCGCGACGGGAUCUGGGACCUGAGCGUGAGCCGAACGCAGCCCGUGGUGCUUGGCACCGCCUCCGCUGACCACUCGGCUCUGCUGUGGAGUAUAGAAACAGGGAAAUGUCUGCUGAGGUACGCCGGCCACGCCGGAUCAGUAAACUCCAUCAAGUUCCACCCCACCGAGCAGAUGGCACUCACAGCUUCUGGGGACCAGACCGCUCACAUCUGGCGCUACAUGGUGCAGCUUCCGGCCCCGCAGCCGCCGCCAGACGUCAGCGCCCUUUGCGACGAUGACCAGGACUCGUCAGACAGGGAGGAGGGCGAGGUGGACGGAGACGGACCUUGUGAGGUCCCCACUAUCCGAGUUGCCACGGCAACACUGAAGAGCCACCAGGGUGUGGUGAUUGCAGCCGAUUGGUUGGUGGGAGGGCGACAAGUGGUGACUGCGUCCUGGGACCGCGCUGCCAACCUGUACGAGGUGGAGACGUCUGAACUGGUUCACGCUCUCACCGGCCACGACCAGGAGCUGACCCACUGCUGUACCCACCCCACCCAGCGACUGGUGGUCACCUCCUCCAGAGACACUACCUUCAGGCUGUGGGACUUCAGAGACCCGUCCAUCCACUCCGUCAAUGUUUUCCAGGGACACACAGAAUGGUGCUGUCUGAGGAUUUCUGCCCUAAUUGUAGUAAAGGGGAAAAAAGUCUUGUUGAAGCGGUUGAAGCUAAAGAUUCAUUUCAGUGGAGAAGCUCAGGCUGCAGGUUUGUAUCAGAUGGAGGAGUCUGAAGGUAAAGGGUUAGGGUUAAUUAUCCUUUAUGUAGUUUCACCACCGUUACACCUGUAAAUGCAAACGUUUCUGUUCUGACAGGAAAAAAAACCAUCAUUUUCCUUUUCAAGCUCUUUGGGUUUUAAUUCUGAACAAGUCGUGACCUUGCCCGACAGAGACAAGUGGAGCAUAAAGCACCACUGAACCCCCUCCUUCACACUCGUUCUAAAACCCUUUAACCUUAAUCAACCUUUUUAAUCAAUUACCUUGUCUGAUUACGCUCCACGCACGCCUCCCACCUUCCUCCCCACCCAUCAUUCCUUCUCCGUGUCUCUGCUCGACAAUUCCCAGGUGGGCUGUACCCUGCAAAGUCAGAAGGUGCCUGUGACCACACAGCAGCUUCCUUCAGCCCUGGCCUCGCUAAUGGGAACAAGUUUGGUCAGCUAAUUAGCCUUUAAUGCCAUGUCGAUUUGAAUUAAGGAGGAGGUCCUUUUUAGCUGGGAAGGGUGGCUGUAAAACCAAAGUGGUGUGUGUGUGUGUGUGUGUGUGUGUGUGUGUGUGUGUGUGUGUGUGUGUGUGUGUGUGUGUGUUAAUCAACCAACCACACAUAGAUUUUAUGUUAUUUUUCACGUUGGACCAACAGAAACAAAAGCGACUGGCGGGCAGUGGUAAAACUGAUUUAAUGAAUAAUUAGACUUUGGUUUCUACUUGUGCUUUUUUUUAAUUUAUUUGCUGCUUUGGAGAUGGAGAUGGAACAGUCUCUCCAGAACACGACUUCUAUAUAUGGUGUUUUAACUUGAGAUACACCAGCAAAAAUUUCAUCCCUAAAAAUUCAACAACAGAUUUUCAACGUAAAAAUUUCAAAAGAAAAACUUAAAGAACUGAUUCGACCUCCUGGUGACCCACGUGUCACUCCGUCGAGUCGACACGUCACUGGUGUCAUGUUACCAGGGAAGCCUAAUUUGAUUGGCUAGGCCAAAAGCCACUUGACUCAAUGGGGCGAUGAUUACUUUGGCUUUGGUCACCAGGAGGUCGUCUCGUUUGUUGUUGAAUUUCUGAAUUUUGCAGCUGAAAUUCUGCAGUUCAUGUUCCAAAACCAUUUAAAUGUUUAAAAAAAUAAGAUUUGACCUCAUCUUAAAUAUUCCUGUCUUUGCCUGGCUACUGUAGUGUGCAUGUAGAGCAAGAAUAAUAGGAUACUUUGCAACUUUUUCAUAUUUUAAAUCAUUUUUGUGAGCCAGUGUGUGAUAUAAUGACCCUUUGGUUGAUGCCUAGCAAAAGACUGUCUGCCCUGGGGCUGGGAGGCCGGGGUUCAUAUCCACGGUCAGGUCACACCAAAGGCUUUAAAAUAGGGACCCAAUGCCUCGCUGCUCUACACGCAGCAAUAAGGGGUUGGAUUGGGCGGUUAAACCACCAAAGAGUUCUCUAGCGCGGCCACAGCAGCAGCUCACCGCUUCCCAUGGGGAUGGGUCCGAUGCAGAGAUGAAUUUCACCAGUGUGUGAUGAUGAUUAUGGACUUUACCUCUGACUUUAAUCAAAUGUCACCCAGCCCCUAUUGCCCCCUGUGGCCAGAAUAUUCCACUUGCAACUCCAGAGUGCCGGGUCGCUCUGUUGAGACUUAAAAAAAAAAUGGAGCUGACAUACCUGGCGCUGCAGUUUGCAUCCAACAUGUUUCCUGUAUGUUUAGAUCAUGAACACAGCUGAUUUGUUUAAUUUAAUGAUGAACCACUCCUGUAGACACUAAUGAAGGCUGGGGAGACAUUUCAGCAGUCAGAUUAAGGCCUAGUCCAUACGUAGCCGGGUUUUUAAAAAACGAAUAUCCGCUCCUCCAAAAACUUGCAUCCACACCACCUCAUUUAAAAAAAAAACUCUGUCCACACGUACCCGGAUAAAUACGUUGUUAAGGACAUGCCAGACCUGUAGGCGGCAGUACUUCCCCCGUUCUUAACCUCGUCCUUGGUCUGUGGUCUUCCGCAAGGAGCAGUAAUUCCGCUUGCAAAAACAAACAAGCAAAAAGCGCUUGGACAAUCGAUAAAGCGAGCGCAGCUCUGAGGGCGUCCAUGCUGUCGGCUAGUGUAAACACAGGUCGCACACGUGAUGUCAGCAUUUUUUUGUCGCGGAAAGUGACGUUGCGGACCUUAAAACUCCGGUUUUGUCUGUCCACACGCAGACACCCAAAACGGAGAAAACGCAGAUCUUCACUUUGGCCAGAGUUUUUAAAAAGACCCGUUUUCGUGUGAAAAAACUCAGUUUUCGUGUGGAUGACAGGCCAAAACGUAGAAAAAUAUCUACGUUUUGGCAGAUCCCCGGCUACGUGUGGACAGGGCCUAAGAAGUUAAAAAGAUGAACGCACAGCGAGGAGAUCAAUUUUGCUUUUGGUUCUACAAACGGACACUAGGGGGUGCUAAAAGCAAGCUAAAACUGCCUUUAAAAGCUCUUAAUUGAAACAUUUUGGUAUUUUGGAUCACGUUUAACACAAAUUCAGAUGUGAAACUAGUUUUAAUAUGAUUACUAAUAAAAUGACUUACUUUAGAUCACUGGUUACUGAAAAGUCUUCAGAUUACACUAUGUUGUUAUUAUUGCAUUACUGGUACUCACCUCUACCUGUGCAAGAUUCUGGCUAUAAAUGUGUUUUGGGUACCAAUAAAAAGAGGAUGUAUACAUAAUUAUAUUGUCUUUUUAUGCAGUGGGAGCGCUUGUGAGUCCCGUCUGCACAUGAAGGAGAGCAUUAUUAGCCGCUCUGGUGUGACGGUGCUGUCUGACUCCCAGCCAUGAUGUUUGU